UUUUCUCUACCUUCCCGUACACGUGUUUUUCCACCGGAUCUUUAAGCGUUCACAUAUCAGCUCGCCUUACCCUCCACCCUCAGUAAAAGAAAAAUGAACCGUCACCAUCCAUAUGGAGGAGUUUACGAUAAUUCCGCCAACAGAAGAGGCGGCCCACCAGGGCCUGGGCCGGAUAGAUCUUAUCAUCACAGAGGAGGUGGGGCGCCUCGUGGAAGAGGAUUCGGCCGUGGCCGAGGAGGCCAAGGUGGUCAGGGCGGCCAAGGUGCUCAAAGUGGUCAAGGCGGCCACUUUGGCAAUUACGAUGGCGGUGUCUCCAACGCAUAUGAUCAAGGGCCGCCUCAAGGCGAUAUGGGCCUCUACAAUAAUUACGACACUGGCUCGCAAGAUCCCUUCUACCAGAACGGCAGUGGUAAUUAUGGUAGUGGAAUGCCCUCCGCUCAGUUCAAUGCCCCAACCCAGUCAGAUGGUUUUGCCCAGGGCUAUGGUAAUUAUGAAGACGGUUCCGACGGCAACUUUGACGAUGGUGGAUUUGGUAUGCGACCUCAGAAGCGAACUGUGCGUCGAGAACGGGAUGACAAAGUCCACGAUUCGAUAAUUGAAGAGCGAAUCCAACGCGAGCGUCCCUGCCGUACUUUGUUUAUACGCAACAUUAAGUAUGAGACGAAUAGUGAGGACGUCCGUCGUUCAUUCGAAGAGCAUGGAGAUAUCAAGACUUUUUUCGAUCUCAUUGCAACGCGGGGAAUGGUUUUCGUGACCUUCUACGAUAUUCGCGCAGCCGAGCGUGCUAGGGAUCGUCUGCAGGGUUCUGAGAUAAGUGGACGGCCCAUCGAUGUCCAUUAUUCUCUUCCGCGCGAUGACCAAAAGCAGGGCGGCGAUCGUGACAAAAAUCAGCAAUUUCAGGGCAACCUGAUCGUCACACUUAAGGACUCUGUGCAGGCUAUCGAUGACAACGAAGUCAGACGUAAAUUUCAACAGUUUGGCGACGUCAAGUCUGUCACGCCUGUCGGUGAUCGAUCUGAUCAGCGUUAUGUUGAAUUCUAUGAUAUAAGGGCAUGCGACGAGGCCUUCGAUCGUCUCCGUCACCAAGGGUUGCAAGACGGAACCAUGGAUGUCACCUAUGCAUGGGAAGAGUCUGAGAUUUCUGGUCCUCCUACUCAGCGCCGUGAGCAAAGAUUUGACGGUGGUGGACGGGACUGGGAUGAUGGCGGUGGGCGUGGAUUUCGAGGCCGGGGUCGGGGCAGGGGCCGCGGCGGUGGUGGCCGAGGCCGCGGCUCGUUUGACGAUUGGGACCGGCGUGAUGACUUUGGCAGGGACCGUGAUCGCGGCCGAUUUGAAGAUGAUUUCAGGGGUGGUGGGCGCGGCGGCGGCCGAGGUGGCUACGGAGACAGAUUUGAUUCCCGCGGUUCUCUCUCGAGUGGGCUUGGUUCGGGUUCUGGUUCGUAUAACGAGCCGGCGAACGUGCCUCCGUAUAACCAAUCCCCGCCAGCAAUCUCUCAGUACAACCAGCCCCCGCCAGCAGCCACUCAGUACAACCACCCCCCGCCACCAGCCACCCAGUACAACCCGCCCCCGCCAGCAGUCACUCAGUAUAAUCAGCCCCCGCCCCAGCCAGUGGCCACUCAGUACCAUCAGCCCCCACCAUCUGGUACACCAACUGGCACAGGGGAUCGGUUGGAGCAGGCUCGCAAAGUUCAACAGCUCCUUGCGGCACUGAAACAACCUCAGAAUAACACUGCACCACCUCCCACGAUGCAAUCGGGACCGCCAGCACCAGGACCUCCCCAGAGCACGCUUGGAAUGCCCCCUCCACCCCAACAUCAAAACCCAUACUAUGCACCACCGCCCGUUCAACAACCCGCAGCGCCCUAUCCUCCGUCUGGCCCUAGCUCUAACCCAUAUGCUCAGGUGCCUUCUCAGACAUCCACCCCUCAACCAGGGCAGAUUCACACUGGAAUGCCUGGCUUACCUCCAAAUAUCCUUGCAUUGUUACAACAGUCACAGGGUCAGCAGGGUCAAGGCAAUGCUCCCCAACAAAUGCAAUCGCAAUACGGAAUGCCUCCCCCGCCACCUCAGUCCAUGAUGUCCCCACCUCCCAUGUCUAGUAUGCCACCCGGUGCACCCCAGCCAGGAACUCCGAAUUACCAACAACUAAUGGCUAUACUUGCUUCGCAGAAAAGAUCCUAACUUAUGCAACCGAUGACUUCUUGAACUAUUGCUUGUCUGUUCUUGUGCUUUAUGCUACUAUUUUUCUGCGUCAUUUAUUUCUUUCAGGUCGUUUCCCUUGUUGCACUUGUCGUAAAAUGCCGUAUAGAUACGUAUUAUGUUGUGUACAUGCAUGCAGACUGUCGUUCCUCAGUG